AGCAACACGUCUGUUUAAAAGACUAUAAAGUAGAUGCAGACGUUACAGAAACGUUUUGCCUCAUGACAAAUUACAGUGAAYGCUGAAUUUACCCAAACUGUAAGAGGAAAUCACAUUAGCUUGCUUUGUGUCUGUUARAAGCACUCAUCUAAAUAAAUAACGAAAGCACCUGGACAAUGUUCAUAUUAGACGGCAAAGACGACAGAGCUUUAGGCAAUGUUAGGUCACUGAACAACAGAUUUAAAAAUUUAAUAAGCACAAAAAGUCUCAUACUAUGAACUAUCAUAUUUUCCACAGGUAGAUAUUAAAAUACUUUCUUGUGCAAAGGAAAUGUACACAGUUUAGAAGGACCUAUUCACAUACUGUUAAUAUUAACUAUGAUAUAAAUAAUGAUGUUAAAGGGUAAGGAAAUACAAUGGUAAACUCACAACUCUGUCUUAAUUGUAGAGAAUACUUUGCAGAUUAAAGCAUAUAAAUGUUUUUUUUCAUAGUUAAUAUUCUUUCAAUUCAACUGAAAUGUAAAAACAAAAACAGUUUUUUUCACAUCUAAGGAUAUUAAACCAGUUCUGAGAUUAAAGAUGCAAAAACAGUGUUAAAAAAUGACAAAGGUGGAUUUAAAGGGAACAAAUGAUGUUGGUACAUCAAAGUGUAUAAGUGACUGUGUGAUUUUAUAAGCCCACUGAGCCCAAAAGGAACAAACUGUGCAGUAAAACCUCCCCAGAAACCACUACUGCCUCCCCGGUCACUGCUCGUUUCGAAUGAGGGAGAGAACAGAGAAUGGCAAAUAUAAACAGUGGGAUGACUGUGUUGAGAGAAAUUACCUCCCCAAACCACUGGCAUGCGUCCAGCGAGAAAACGUUCAUCUGUUUUGUAUAGAAGCCGACUCGCAACACAAAGAGGAGGGAGGGGAGGGGGGAAGGUGAAAAGUGAGACGGGGAAAGAGACGGGAGAGGAGUGUGAYGCUUUCAGGCUCUGAAAAAGAGCRGYCYAGAAGGAGGGAACAAGGGGCCACAACAUCUGAAAGUUUUAAACCUGUGAUCGUUUUAGGUGAUGCAAAGCAAGACAUGUGGAAGAAGUCCACAUCAUGGAUUGCUUCAGCCUGAGACAGAUUUAGCGCUCGCAGAAAGACAUUCUGUUACAUUCUUAUGUGAGAAACGUCACACGACAAGGACUCUACCUACAAAAAGAAGAGCACGGGGUGCUGGACUGCACCGCUUCCUAACCAACCUUUCAGGACUAAGACCAUUGAGGAGCUACACGAGAGUUUAAAAUCAAUGCAGCUUUUCUCACACUACUCUGAGAAAAUAAAGAUGUUGAUCUGCGUGGGAAAGUGAGGAACCCUGUGUGUUUAUACUUCGUGCAAGAAAUGAUGCGUCUUGUGCACCAGCCUUGAGUGGUCCCACCAUAACCUACGCCWUUGCUCGUGGGACCCAGUGACCAUGCUGACCGAGGGACCAAAACCAGGAAGAUCAGAGCCACCACCCACGCUCAGGCCCACUGGGAUCCCAGUAGCAACGCGACUCCGCCAACCAUGGCACAACUCGGGAACGAUUCGCAUCUAAACACAGCGCCUGAGAUUCAACUGAAAUGGGCCGCCUUGCUCAUUGUCAUGGUCAUAAUCCCAACUAUUGGAGGAAAUAUCCUGGUUAUUCUGGCUGUGUCGCUUGAAAGAAAGUUGCAAAAUGCCACCAACUACUUCCUGAUGUCUCUCGCUGUGGCAGAUCUGCUGGUGGGACUUCUAGUGAUGCCCAUUGCACUCAUCACUGUUUUAUACAACUCUAGAUGGCCACUUCCAGAUUUCCUCUGCCCCAUUUGGCUCUUCCUUGAUGUGCUUUUUUCUACUGCAUCCAUCAUGCAUCUGUGUGCCAUCUCUUUGGAUCGCUAUAUUGCCAUCAAAAAGCCAAUUCAACACAGCCAGUACAAAUCCAGAGCCAAGGCACUGAUCAAGAUCACACUGGUGUGGCUCAUAUCCAUUGGCAUCGCCAUCCCAAUUCCAAUAAAGGGGCUUAAGAAUCUUCACAAUAACAUCACCUUCAACAGCAACUACACGUGCCUGCUGAAACCAGAAACCUUCUCUGAGUUUAUCAUAUUUGGAUCCUUGACAGCGUUCUUCAUCCCUUUGGCCAUCAUGAUGAUCAUCUACCUGCUUACUGUGCAGGUGCUGCGCAAAAAAGUUUAUUUGCUCAAGUCAAAGGUGACUCAGCGCUUUGGCUCCUCAACCAUCUCCACAGUUUUUCAAAGGGAACAACAGGCUCUGACUUCCCCUCAAGCUGAGCAAAUCAGCAUGCUGGAUAUCAGACUCCCCAGGAUGCAAGAAAAACCAAACAUAGGCACAAUGAAUGCUCAGACGGACGAUGAAAUAUCCUUUCGCAGAAUGUCAACAAUGGGCAAGAAGUCAAUGCAGACUUUGAGCAACGAGCAGCGUGCUUCAAAGGUGCUGGGCAUAGUCUUCCUCCUGUUUGUUGUCAUGUGGUGCCCGUUUUUUAUAACAAACAUCACAUCAGCACUGUGCUCAAGUUGUGACGGUGAUGUAAUCUCCCGCCUGAUGGAGAUCUUCGUAUGGGUUGGUUACGUGUCAUCAGGUAUUAACCCUUUGGUCUACACUCUUUUCAACAAAAUCUUCAGGGAAGCGUUCACGCGUUACAUUACCUGCAAUUACAAAAGCUGUGCAAGCAGCAGGCCUUCUCAACAUCUGGGGACAACAACUACAGACUGGAGCCUUACAAGGAUUUCAUUCAAAUCUUCCAUGGCAGAGAACUCAAAACUGUUCAUGAAGAGGGGGAUGAAGAACGGCAUCGGAGCAAUGAGCUACCAAAGUCCACUAAGGUGCCAACAAACACCUUUACAGUCACCAAGUAGCCUUGUGUUAAACACAAUACUUCUGACUGAAAAUGAAGGUUUUAAUCAAGACGAACAUGUAAGCUGUGUAUAGAGAUACCAGAGAACUGAAUCUAUUUGAAUACAGAUUGUUUUGAUGGCACAUAUUUUAUAUAAAAGACAAAGAUUUGUCCCUAGUAAAGAGAGUAAAAYAAAUGCUGAUGAAGAGGGACAUCCUCAUGAUUCGACAUGUAAAAUGCAAAUAACACAUCAAAACUGACAACUUUGUUGUUUGGUGAUGUUAAACACAAAGCAAACUUGUUAAUGCUAAAUCAUAGAAUAACUUAAAUASUAAAUUACUGUCCUGGAGCACAUAAAGAAAAAUGUUGCUGCCUUACAAAAUGACAAUAUUYUUAAUAAUGACGAGAAUGUGAAAUCUAAACAUAACAGCAUAUACAAAGAGAGUUUAAGUUUUCAAAUAAAACCCAAGUACUGAUUGGA